UGCGUCCGCUGGCCGCGGAAAAACGCUUCAGACGGCCGGGCCGAGUGCGGUGGGACGUUUGUAAGCGUGAGUGCUUCGGACGGGACGAGCUUUAUUCCGACGCGGACCUGGAAGCCUCCUAGACACGAUGUCGGUGACUUUGGAAGAUUACAGUAGCCCCUGGGCCGAGAAGAUAAACGCUAACUGCAAGAACAAAGAUUUCUACUUGGCAACUUUGAAAGCAUAUCCAUCGGGAUGCGUUGUUACUGAGGGAUACCGCCCUCUCGCGGAAGGGAUUGCCAACUUUGAUGUACGAGAGGACGAUAUAUGGGUUGUCACCUACCCGAAGUGUGAUAUUCAUCUUAUCAUCAACGAGAAGAAGACAAGUCCUUCAUAA